CGCCGUCUGUGCAGCACGUCGUUACUCGUCGUUGUCGUGCGCGUCCGCCGCGUCCAGCAGCUGAAACGCACGCACACUUGCCCAAUUCCCUCCCCCCCUGUAUUAUCCUCCGCUCAACAACCCAUCAAACGGUCGUGCGGCGCCGCGCCGCCCGCCCCUUAUCAGCGCCACCGACGUCUCACCCGGUGGGCACGUCGCCGUCAUUGGUUUCGGUUUUUUCGACUCGUCAACACGAAUCUUCUCCUCAUUGACCGUUUCCGCGUCGUCGAUGCCAUAAUCUCCGGACGUUUCGCGUCCGCCGGCGCACUCGCCGCGAGUCCCCCAACACUUUCGACACUUAUAAUAUUAUCGUUAUAAUAUUACCACCUACCGUUGUCCAUAUUUCGCACCCAUCGUUUUAUCGUUCAUUUUACGUGCCUACCUAUCUACCUGUCUACCUGUACUUAAACGCACGCCUGACCCAAUUGUACGCGGCACCGGAAGACCCUGGACACCACGUCUUCAUAACAACUUCCCUGCGUCGUGCCAUCGGCAAAUUUGGCUAGGGCAAAGUGUAGAAAAUCGUACAAAGACGUCAGGACACGGAGAACCUCUGGCGUGGGCAGGUCCCGUCGAUAAUGCUUAUGGGAAUGUGCACUGGGCACCACCACAUUACAUGGACGAAGAUUUGGGCGGUAUUCGGAGCGCAGUCGGUGGCGGUACAGAAGACGCCGCCGCCGCCGCCACUACUAACGGCGACAAAACCAAAAGGAUACCGCUGCCACCGCCGCCGCUGCACCAUUUUCAACAGCAGCAGCAGCAACAACAGCAACAUAUGCAGCAACAACAACUACAAAUGUAUCAGCAACAGAAUCAUCAACACCAUCCGCAACAACAGCCACAACAACUCCAUCAUCACCAACAGCAACAACGGCACGAUCAGUUACGACAUCAUCAGAUGCAACAGCAACAACAGCAACAGCCACAGCAACAGCAACUACAACAACAGCAGCAGCAGCAGCAGCAGCAGCAACUACAACAACAACAACAACAACAACAGCAGCAGCAGCAGCAACACCAGCUGCAAAAAUACCAACAAUAUCGCAACCGUCAUCACCAGUAUCCAGCCGUAGUGGCCAAUAGCUCGGCCGUCAAUUCCACCACGUCCAUCAACUCAGCCACCGCCGUGGCCAUCACUACCACGGUUACCACGACCGCUGUCGUCGUCAACUCGGCACCAUUUCCGUCGAAGCUACAACAGUCCUUGUCCAACAACGUGCUGCACACCAUGGCCGCUGUGGCCACGCCGUUUGCCGAGACCGCCGACCGGUCUGAUUCCGGUCUCAGUUCGUCGCGCACGCUCAACUCGGGCGACGAACGGUCCGGAUCGCAUUCCAGCGCGUUCAGCGGUUCCGACGACCAUGCGGCCGCCGCGUCGCCGUCCAACGAACAACAUCAAACGCCGCCGUCUCCGUUCAACAAUAUACCCGUCUGGAGAGAUCCUCACAUGCUGCAGUCGCCGAAUGGUCCCAUAAGACACGUGGACAGCGUUCAGCACCAGAGCCUUUUCAUGUCGAACACGGCGCAAAUGCCACAGAUGAUGUUGCCAUAUCAGCCUUUUCCUCCGCCGUCUGUUGGACCACCGCCACCGAUGCCACCUCAGGCACCAACACCUUCUGUGAUGCAGCCGGCCCUAGGCGCAGCCGGAAUGCUGUGGAAACCACCAACCGUUGCCGUGGCAAACGCCAACAAUAAUUCUACAGCAGCCAACAGUUAUUACCACCAACAUCGCCCUAAUGAACAGUACAAACCAAAUAGCAGAGGAAAUGCGGAAAAGGACGUUUACAAAGAAAUGAAAAGAGCUAAACAACCGCAGUACGUGCCAGGCUCUGCUGGCGGUGGCAAAAGCAGGAGUGGAGGUGUGCCCAUCGAAAAUGGUUCAAAUAACGAAUAUGGGCAGGUGGAAAUCGAACGGAUGAUAAACCGUCACCAGAGAGGCAAUCGCGAACAUACCGAAAAGCAACAAGCCGAGGCAGCUGUCCAUCAGCAUUUCGAGGAGAGUUUGAAACUUGCUCAGCAACAAAGAAGAACCAAUUGGAUAUCAAAUUUACCUUCCCCGCCGAAAAAUGUGUACCCAAGUCAAGGAUCCAAGACUCAAGAUACAUCUAAGCAAAGACAUCCAUCUCUAAAUGGCGCAAAUCAAACGGCCAAUCAUCGAGGAAUCGACGAUUGGAAAGAAAAGAAAAACAAAUAUGCAUCUCCUAGAUCAACAAUGGUUGAUCCUUCAUCUUCUAGACCUUCAACCCAACAAGCUCAUUACAGAAACCGGACUGUUCCUAAAUCGAAUUCCGAUCAUGAAAAUGCAUUAACCAAUGCCAGCGAAGGUGGAAACCAUAAUAAUAUGAUCUCAUAUGCUCCUUACAUGAAUGCAAAUCAUGUGUAUGUACCUCCUUCUAAUUCAUCAGUGAUAGUUAGAAAUGAGUCUUCGUACAAAAACUCAUCGAUACCUGUACCAGAAGCUUAUUCAUAUAAUCGUGCUCCUACUAUUCUCACAGUCCCUGCUGUAAAAUUAGAAACUAAUAAAGAACCAAAACAAGCCAAAUCAAUGCAUUAUUCCAGGCCAUUAUCAUCUCUGGUCAAUACUAGUCAAUCAAAAGGUCACAACUCUUCUCCAGAACCACAUCAUCCUGGGCCACUGUUAAAUACUCAUGGUCGUUACGCUUUGUAUCCACCUUCAACUGAUAAAGCUCAAAGGGAUUUGGACAUGCCUCCUCCAGCACAUUUAAAUGCAAUGAUGUCUAGUGCCCUACCAAAAUUUGUACCUGUUGCAGUACCAGUAGACGAUCUCCAAACGGAAGCAUUAGAUCUAGUUAUGAUUUAUAAAAAAAUUACACCUGAAACUGAUGUUCCUUUACAUUUAAAUGCUAACUACAAAAAUGCUAAAUCAGAUUCUCAAGAUACCACAAACACACUUGAUAUAAAUGUUUGUAUUAAAUCUAAAAAACAAAACUAUUUAGAAAAGUAUUUGCCUAAAAAUGAUAAUGUUAACUCAUCACUGAUGACAUCAACAAGCGAUUUGACUACCAAUUCAGCGAUCUUAUCGACGACACUUUCAUCAAAUAAAUUAAUAACCAUUUCAACAGAUAAUUUGACAAAAGUCCCAGCUUCUAUUCCGUCUACUGUUGUAAUGAUUGAUUCAAAGACUAUUUCAACUUCUAAUUUAGAAAUCAUUCCGUCCACAGCUUCAAUGGAGAUUUCAACUAUUACUCCUGCAUCAGUCUCGGUUACGAGUUUGACAGCCAAAUCGUCAGCUAUUGCUACAACAGCAAGCUUGGUGUCAACCUCUUCAAAUAUCCCAAUAACUAACACAACUACCUACGAUUCUUCUCCAUCUACACCUCCCCCGGUUCUAAUGCCUGCUACUUAUACUGAAAUGUCAAGCGGAAUUAAAACUCAUCAUCACAAGUUAAAGAAAGCCUGGUUACAACGCCAUGUAUGGGCAGAAGAUUUAAAAGAAGCAGGCGUUAAUAUCGACCAAACUCCAUCCCAUUCUUUCUCUCAAAUAGAUGAUACUCCUCCAGUUUUACAGUGUGAAAUUACUAAAAAAAGAAAAAAUUCUAAAAGCUCAUCAGAUGAUAAUACUGAGGUGACAUCGCCUCCUGUAAUUUUGCCAUGCACGAGUAGUUCACAUACCGAACCGUCGACAUCGGGUAAUGGGAACAAAAAGUGCAAAAAAAGAAAAAUUUCAAAUCCCGUAACAACUUCAGAAAAUAAAAGCACAACAGACAAUGCCAAACCUUUGGAAAUAGUAGAAAAGAAAGUUCCACCCAUUAAGAUUCCUAAAAAAAGAGGUAGAAAACCCAAGGUUGUUGUAAGUAUACCAUUAAAAAAAGGAAAAAAUAAUGACGGUGAAGUGCGGUUUUUUCAAUCGGGCCCAUGUUUAAAUGCUGGGCCAAAAAUACAUAAAUGUAGAGAAUGCCGUAUAUUUAUAAACAAUAAGAAAAAUGAUGUUAUGACACAAGAUGAAAUUGAUAAUAUAUUUUGCCGGUUCUACGCAUUUCGUCGGCUGUUCACAAAUAAAACUGGACAAUUUAUGAAUGCUGGGUUCCCUGAUCCUUUCUUGGAUAUAACUGAAGACGAUGCGAACCUUUGGCUACCUAACCCGAAAUGUCCACCAAGUUCGUUAGAUGUCGAAGUUGCAAAAAAAGUGUUAGUUGAAGCUGGUCGUCAAUUUUGCUAUUUAGUAAAAGAAGAAAAUAAAGCUCUUACUCUCUCACCAUAUUUCCAAGGCAAACCUAUUGCAUGGAAAAAAGCAGCGAAUGGUGUAAGAGAAAUGUGUGACGUUUGUCUUACAACUAUUUUUAACUACCACUGGGCAUGCGCAAAAUGUGGUUUUGGAGUUUGCAUUGAUUGUGUUAAGGCGCGUCUCAAUGGCUCAUCUAAGUCGCCAAAUGCCGCGACUAUGACUAAGAAGGAUCUACGAGAAAGGGACACAUUCACGUGGAUGACUUGUAACAGUAAACAUAAUCACGACGUUGAACGGCUCAUGCUUACACAAAUCGUAGCCAGUGACUCCAUGGAUGUUGUAUUCUCAGAUUUGCAUAGAGUCAGUACUUUGUGGAAUAUUGCCAUCGAAUGUGGUUGUCCAGGACAUCCUUUCCCUGAGCUACAGGAUAACGUCAGUACUGAUGACGACGAUGAUGAUGAGCCUUUGAUACCACAAGCAAGUACUUCAAAUGCCAAUAAUUUUCAACAAAGUCUUGCUGAAAGUUCUGAAACCAGUUCUUCCAAGAACUUGAAAAACGAAUCUGAAAAUAACUCAAAAAUCAAAAUAGCUGAGAAUUCUAAAACUACUCCGGCCGAGAACUCGACAAAUGGCGCUACUGAGAACUCGUUAAAUAGUCCGGCUGAAAGCUCGUCGAACAAUAUUACCGAAGGAUCUAAGAAUAAUGGCCAUUCCCAAAAUACUAUUAACAUCGAACCACAAAUUGCCGGGAGCUCAAAUGGUAGACCAGUGAGUGUUCAAUCUGAUCCCGGUAAAAGAGAGGGCUUAAAACACUUUGUCCGAAAGAAAAAUAAAUAUCUGAGAACUAUUCCACGUGAACCGCUUCCACCACGUGUAAUGACAUUGGCAGAGAGCCGAGAAUUUUUCCCGAACAAUCCUCAUACGUGGUUAUGUGACGGAAAAUUAUUGAGACUUUUAGAUCCUGAGGAUCCAACCAACUACGACAUAUUUCAAGAACAAUGGAAAAGGGGUCAGCCGGUGAUGGUCAGUGACGUAGGUCAAAGAUUAAAUCCAGCACUUUGGAGUCCUAAUUCAUUUAGUCGCGACUUCGGUGAAUUCACUAACGACCUGAUAGACUGCGCGACUGGCAUGCUUAUCGAGGGCAAGACUAUGAAACAAUUUUGGGACGGUUUCGAGGACGAAAGCAAGAGACUGAAGAGUGUGGAUGGUAAACAAAUGUUGUUGAAACUAAAAGACUGGCCAGUUGGUUCUGAUUUUUCGGACACUUUACCGGAAAGCCUUUUCCGAUACAGAUUUGAUGAUCUAAUGAGGGUGUUGCCGUUAAAAGAUUAUACUCUACGCGACGGUAAACUUAAUUUAGCUGCUAGAUUACCGGCAUGUUUUGUACGACCAGAUCUUGGACCAAAAAUGUACUCGGCUUAUGGUAAUGUCGGAAAUCGCGAUUCCGGCAAACGGUUGAUAAGUACAACCAAUUUACAUUUGGACGUGUCGGAUGCAGUUAAUGUAAUGGUGUAUGUGGCUAUUUCCCACAAGAAUGGAAACCAAGACGACGAAGCUGAUCACGAAUGGCAUGUAAAGGAAGCGUAUCGGGCAGUCGAUGAAGCUGGCUGCGACAUGGCAAGUAGAAGACGGGCCCGCGAGACUAAAGAGUUGCCAGGCGCAGUGUGGCACAUUUAUCACGCCAAAGACGCAGACUCGAUACGCGAUUUGUUGAACAAAGUGAGUGCUGAACGUGGUGAACCACUGGAACCCAACCACGAUCCCAUUCACGACCAAUCCUCAUACUUGGACGCAGAUCUCAGGGCGCGGUUGUAUACCGAAUAUGGUGUCCAGGGUUAUGCAGUGGUACAGUGUCUCGGCGACGCUAUCUUCAUCCCUGCCGGAGCCCCGCAUCAGGUAAGAAAUCUACAUAGCUGUAUCAAGGUGGCCGGCGACUUCGUGUCGCCUGAAAACGUGUCCCAGUGUUUCCGAUUGAUGAACGAAUUCCGUGACCUGUCCAGCAACCACAGCAACCAUGAGGACAAACUGCAGAUCAAGAACAUCAUGUUCCAUGCGGUCAAGGACUCGAUUUCUGUAUUGUUGCACGAAAAUUUGGAAGAACCACGAGAACAACAGGAAUCAACAGAACCGGAAAAACAACAGGAGCAAGAGCAGUAGACGUAUAUUUGAUUAUUAUUUUUGCCUUUGAUAAUUUAUUAUUAUUUUAUUUUGACUAUUAUUAUUUUCUCUCAUUGU